AUGAACCUCAACUUCACCUCUCCUCUCCACCCUGCGUCUUCUCAGAGGCCCACAUCCUUCUUCAUCGAGGACAUCCUGCUGCACAAGCCCAAGCCGCUGAGGGAGGUGGCCCCCGACCAUUUCGCCAGUUCUCUGGCCUCCCGGGUGCCUCUGCUAGACUAUGGCUACCCCCUCAUGCCCACACCUACCCUCCUGGCUCCUCAUGCCCAUCACCCCCUGCAUAAGGGAGACCACCACCACCCCUAUUUCCUGACCACCUCGGGGGUGCCGGUGCCCGCGCUGUUCCCGCACGCGCAGCACGCGGACCUGCCGGGGAAGCACUGCCGCCGCCGAAAAGCUCGCACGGUUUUCUCUGACUCGCAGCUCUCGGGCCUGGAGAAGAGGUUCGAGAUCCAGCGCUACCUGUCCACGCCAGAGCGGGUGGAGCUAGCCACGGCCCUCAGCCUGUCCGAGACGCAGGUGAAAACGUGGUUCCAGAACCGGCGGAUGAAGCAUAAAAAACAGCUGAGGAAAAGUCAAGACGAACCCAAAGCCCCGGACGGACCGGAGAGCCCGCAGGGCAGCCCUCGCGGCUCUGAGGCCGCCGCCGCCGCCGCCGCCGCCGCCGCCGAGGCCCGGCUGAGCCUGCCCGCCGGCCCCUUCGUGCUGACCGAGCCAGAGGACGAGGUGGACAUUGGGGACGAAGGGGAGCUCAGCUCCGGGCCGCACGUGCUGUGA